AUGUUAAUAUAUUUUUUGUGGAAGAAGAAUAAAGGAAAAGAAGAAGAACCUAAUUCAGAAACCGUUUCUGAUCAGAAUAUGGAUGAAGAAUUCCAAAUGGGUGCUGGACCUAAGAAAAUUUGUUAUCAGGAAUUAUUGAAUGCAACAAACAACUUUGAAGAGAAACUGAAGCUUGGCCAAGGUGGUUUUGGUGGUGUUUACAAGGGUUAUUUUAAAGACACAAACUCAGUUGCAGCUAUAAAGAGGAUAUCAGCAAAUUCACGGCAGGGUAUUAAGCAAUACUCAGCAGAAGUGAAGAUCAUUAGCCAAUUGAGACAUAGAAAUUUGGUGAAACUCAAUGGUUGGUGCCACAAGAAGAAUGAAUUUAUCCUAAUAUACGAAUACAUGCCAAAUGGCAGCUUAGAUUUUCAUCUUUUUCUUGGAGGAAGCAUCUUGUCAUGGCACUUGAGGUACAAUAUAGCUCUUGGGUUAGCCUCAGCAUUGUUUUAUUUGCAGGAGGAAUUGGAAAAAUGCGUGAUUCAUAGGGACAUAAAAUCAAGCAACAUAAUGUUGGACUCCAACUUCAAUACUAAGCUUGGGGAUUUUGGUCUAGCUAGGCUGAUGGAUCAUGAGAAAGAGUCAGAAACCACAAUUGUAGCCGGAACCAGGGGUUACCUAGCUCCGGAAUACAUGGACACAGGAAAGGCUAGAAAGGAAUCUGACAUAUUCAGUUUCGGGGUUGUUUUGUUGGAGAUAGCCUGUGGGAAAAAAGCCAUACACCACCAAGAAUUAAAGGGUGAAGUAUCUUUAGUUGAGUGGGUUUGGGAGCUAUAUGGAUUGAAAAAUGUCAUUGCAGCAGCAGAUCCAAAGCUAUAUGGGCAAUUUAAUGCGAAGGAAAUGGAAUGUUUGCUAGUAGUUGGACUUUGGUGUGCUAAUCCAAAUAACACAUCAAGACCAUCUAUAAACAAAGUGAUUAAGGUGCUCAACUUUGAAUCCCCAUUACCAAUUCUUCCACAAAACAUGCCAUUUCUAGGUCCACUGUCUUCUCCCAUAAAUAAUGGGCAAUUUUUUUCAGUUCCCUCUUUCUUUACGGCAAAAGGUUAA